AUGGAAAACGAGAUAUAUGAUGAUGUAUUUAUGCAAAAUAAUAACUCUCUCAUAUAUGAGAGGUUGUUCAAUGCAAUGGAAAAAGAUAGAACACAAAUAGUCGAGAAGGAUAGGGAGAAGAAGUGGAACUCUCGAUUCCAUUUAGAUCCAAUGCCCUCAUACAAUGUAAUGAAAGACAAACAUGCCAAAAUGUAUACAGGUUCGACUACCUUUAUUUCCCCUAAUACGUCACAACAAAGAACAAGAAUACAACCCUAUGAACCUGCUUCUUCAGCAAAACAAGAACAACAACCAGUCUCUGUAAGUACAUCAACAAGAGAGUUAUGUUAUUCAUACACGAACAACAAAAAGAAGAGAAAAAUUAGUUCUGCCUCCUCAACCCGAAGAAGAAGUAACUCGGAUAAUCAAAAAUCCACAAUAAGUGAUAAUGGGAAGUCCUCAUCAAAACCUCCUUUGGAACAAAAGAAAUCAUUGGCCGAUAUUGAGGCAGAACACUUCUUUGCUAAGUCAAAAUCUAGGAUACAAAAACUCUGGAGUGAACUCAGAGUACCACAAGAUGAAAUAGAUAGAUUCUCUCGAAUCUAUCUUUCUAAAUGCUCCAAUGAUAAUAUUGCCAUUGUUACAGAAGAAAUUAAGCGAUUAACAGAACAAAGAAAUCUCAUUCUCUCAAUUCUUAAAAAUAUUGAAAACAGAGAAUUACUGCUGGAAACUCUGUAUUCUCUCGUAGAGCGUUAUGGUGACGAAAAGAUAUUCAGUAAGCAUUUAGUUGCAAGAGAAGUCAAGAAUAUCGCUGCUUCAUUGAGGCUUUGUACUUUGGAAAUUGUAGAAUCUAUUGUACAGUGGAGAAAUAUUUUACAAGCACCAAAGCCAUUUGUUUGGAGAUCGAAGAAUUAUUUACUCAAAAUCCAAACAGAUCUAGAUUUCUUUUUAAUGUCAUCACUCAUUUCACUCCUUCCAAAUGUAAACCCUCUUAAAAAUCCAUUCCUAAUGCCAGGUAUUGAAUUUGGAGCAACAACCAAUUCUCAAUCACUCGACAAGAAAUCACAUCCAACCUCGCCAAACAGAAAAAGACCAAAAUUUGAUUCUUCACCUUAUCUUGCUGGAGGUAGUACUGCAUUACCUCCUCUUUCAAAAUUGAGACAGGCAUCACCUGCUGACAAUGAUCCUCUCAAAGAAAGAAUUUUAUAUGCCCAAAAAGUAGUCUUCUCUGAAGGAAAAGGAGUGAAUGAUUCAUUUGGAUCCCAAACUUGUAAUUCUCCAUCCAGAGAUGACAAGGUUGUAAUAGCCCCAUACGAAGAAUUAGGUGGAAAGGAGGAAGAAGUCGGUGAAGAAAAUGAUUUAUAUGCUAGACAAAUUGAGGAACAGAGAUUGAAAGAGGAGAGAAAGAGACAAUUAGAAGAAGAGCAAAGAAUGAAGGAGGAAAAGAAGAGACAGCAACUUGCAGAAAAGAAGAAGGAAGAAGAAAGACUGAGGAAAGAGAGGGAAACAAUAGGCUUUGUUCUUAUUAUUCAAUCUGCUUUAAGAGGAAGAAAGGCAAGACAAAUUCUUGCACACGAGUAUAAGGUUGAGGCUGAACGAGCAGCUGUCAAAAUCCAAUCCCAAGUUAGAAAGAAUAUGGCCAAAAAGAAGGUUGACAAUAUCAAGAGAGAUAAGUCAAUCUUGAUUAUGCAAGCAUGUUAUAGAGGAAAGUCCGAGUUGGCAAUGUUUGAAUACACUAAGGAAUUCUGCUCAAUCAUUGAGGCCUGUGUUGAAGGUAUGACAGCUAGAAGAGCCUAUUUUGAGGAACAAAACCAUAAUGCCAUCACUGAAAAUAUCUAUGGUGAAGAGGAAGAAGAACCAUCUGUUGAGGAAGUUGAGCAGGAUUUGUCUCAAUUUGAAAAACUUGUUGCUCUUUGUAAGGGUCAUUUGAGUAGAGUUGUCUUCAGAUCAGAAUUGAAAGCACACAAGCAACAAGAAGCUGACAGAUUGAAACAAUUGAAGGAAGAAGAAUUGAGACUCGAAGCAGAAAAAAGAGAAAAAGCUGCCAUCAAAAUUCAAAGUCAAAUCAGAUCCUUCUUGGCAAAGAAGAAGACUCAACAAGUUGCUGAACAAAAGAAGCAAGCCUUCAUGGAAGAAUUAGAACAAGAGAGAAGAGAAUACGAAGCUGCCAGAGAAGAAAGAAAGAGACUGAAACAAGAAAGUGCCAUUAUCACUAUUCAAAAGAGUUUCAGAGGCUACUUGGGAAGAGCACAAUAUGCUGAAUUGCUCAGAAGGUAUGAAGCAGCCACAAAGAUUCAAUGUAUGGUAAGACAAAAGUUUGCCAGAAAGAAGGCCAUGUCUGUCAAACAAAGAAAACAAAUGGAAAUGGAAAAGUUUUUGCAAGACGAAAGAGCACAAUAUGAAGCUCUCCUUGCUCAAUUAUAA